UCCGUUUCUACCCGGAUGACAUUUGACAAAACCGGAAGCGUGUUCAGUCCAGCCCGUAAACAGCGCCAGGUGCGGAUAUCUCUGGUUUAAUGUGAUGAAUAAAAACACAUUAGACACAAGUGAACGUAUUAAUAAAAUGUCUAAAGCUGAGAUUCUCAGAGGGUUCGUGACGGAGCGACUCGCCGCCGCCUCCCAGGAAAUAUUAGCGGUUGUUGACAGAAUCGUAGCCGGGUACGAGGAGGAGGCUUCGGGCUUCAGGCAGGAGAUCGACCGGCAGAGGAGACAGCUGGAGGUUCUCCUGCAGCCUCGGGUCAAACUCAACAAAGCCGGUGUGCAGCACAGCAGGAAACCUGAUGAGGAAAAAGAGGGUGAAGAUGAGGAAGAUGAGUCCCCAGACUUGAAAAAUCAAACUCCAACAAGGUCUUUUUGCUCCAGAGUUUCGUCUGAAAGGAGGAAACCCGGCAGACCUCAGAUCACUGUAACACAGAACCACGUAGACCUCAGGAUCCGGAUCCUGGAGGACUCUCAGACCGAUGUGCUGUCAAACAACGUGCUUAAGAAAUGUCCGAUGCUGAAGCUGCAGUGUCCUCGUGGCCUGCAGGAGUCGGACUUCCUGGACCUGCUGAGGUCCACCUUCCCUCAGCUGGCCGGAGACAACAAACCUUUAGACGUCUUCACGUCCGACAAGACAAGGAGAUUACAACCUCUAAAGCUAAAGAUGCUGACACCGGAGGAGAUCCAGAGAAACAUCAGCUGCACAGGAUGGAAGUCGACGCUCUACAUCAGACUGAAGGCCAGUAAAGAAAACAGCAGCUGUGAAGAGUCUCUGUGCAGCUCCACCAUGUUGACAUGUGAUGACAGCGGACCACAAACCAGCAGUCCUGUUCAGGAGGCUGAAGGCCGCAGCUCAGCAACACAAGAAGAAGUGAACAUGGAAACAGACGAAGCUGACGAAGAAAAUCACAGGAUAUCAGAGCCAGCUGACGAUCUCUCGGCAGCUCAGAGUAAAGGGAACAUGGACGAUGAUGGUGAGAGAGAAGAAGAAGAAGAAAGAGAGGAGGCGAUGGACAGCGAUGGCGAUUGGAAACCAGACGGUGAGGAGCUGAGGGAGAGCGACUCUGACCUGCAGGCAAAGAAACAAAAAAACAGACACUCUGGUGUCAACGAGACUGAGACAGAAACUGAGAACUGUGACGUUGUUUUCUCCUGCAAAGUCUGCAGCGCUCUGCACAAAUCAGAAGUCACGCUUGUCAAACACGCCUGGAGUCACGUGAACGAUCCUGGAAGUGUUUGUGGAGUUUGUGGAGAGACCACAGAGACGCUGAAGGAUCAUCUUCAGAGUCGCCACAAGACAGAAGACUGUCACAUCUGCGGAGAGUCUUUCCUCGAUGCUCUCAGCCUCAACGAGCACGUGGCUGCUCACUGCGGAGAGAAACCGUACGAAUGCAACGUUUGCCAUGAAGCUUUUGCACUGAAGGUAUCACUGGAGAAUCACCAGAGGCAGCAUGAGGCGGGUAAGCCGCACAAAUGUUACACGUGUCAUAAAGUGUUUGACCUGAAGGAGCAGUUAAAAGCUCACCGCAGCACUCACAGCAACAAGAAGUCGCACCUGUGCGGCGUGUGCGGUAAAUCCCUCAGCGACUACAGAUCUUUAUCCCGCCACAAGAUGACCCACUCCGGGGAAAGACCUCACAGCUGCCAGAUUUGCGGGAGGCGUUUCAAACUUCUCGGCACGCUGAGACAACACGAGAAGAUCCACACGAACAGAGAGAGAUCGUACCUCUGUGACGUUUGCUGCAAAAUGUUCCUGACCAGCAAGCAGCUGCAGAUCCACAUGAGAACGCACACCAACGAGAAGCCGUACCACUGCGGCGAAUGCGGCAGGGGGUUCACCACCAAGGGACCUUUGACAAUUCACAUGCGGAUCCACACUGGGGAGACGCCGUACAGCUGCCCGGACUGCGGCUGGUCCUUUAAACGCAAGAUUAAUCUGGAUAACCACGUGACCGUCCACUCAGGACUCAAACCGUUUGUCUGUGGGAUUUGUGGGAAAGCGUGCGCUCGUAAAACGUACUUGACUGUUCACAUGAGGACGCACAACGGGGAGAGACCGUACAAGUGUUCACUGUGUGACAAAGCCUUCACUCAGAGCCACUGUCUGAAAACACACAUGAAGAGCCAUCAGGGGGAAGAAGCCGCAAUGUAACACUGACAGCAGAGCAGAGAACAGAACUGUGAGAUAUUUAAUUUAUGUGUUUUCUUCUAUUUAAUUUAAUGUAACGCUGUGCGACAUGAGCCUAAUAAAAUCCUAGUCGUAA